AUGUCUGUCCGCACGCUAAGAAUCGGCCUCAUACCCGGUGACGGAAUUGGCAAAGAAGUCAUUCCAGCCGGCCGUCGAAUCCUCGAGGCCCUACCCAGCUACCUCAACCUCAAGUUUGAUUUUGUAAAUCUCAAAGCAGGCUUCGAAGCUUUCGAGCAGACCGGAACAGCCUUGCCAGAAGUCACUGUCGAUGUCCUACGAGAUGAGUGCGACGGCGCACUCUUUGGCGCUGUCAGCUCGCCAACGCAUUCUGUCAAGGGUUACUCGUCACCUAUAGUCGCUCUGCGCAAACGCCUCGACUUGUACGCCAAUGUUCGUCCUGUAAAGACCGUAGUGACCGCUCCUAAGCCUAUCGAUAUGGUCAUUGUCCGCGAAAACACGGAAGACUUGUAUGUCAAGCAGGAGAAGACAUUUGACGGCCCUAAUGGCAAGAUCGCUGAGGCGAUUAAGCGCAUUUCAGAAAAUGCUUCGUUCCGAAUCGCUUCCAUGGCUGGCGAUAUUGCCGUCCGGCGUGACAAGAUCAGACAGUCAAGAGCCGUCAGUGUUCACAAGAAGCCUCUUGUUACCAUCACUCACAAAUCGAAUGUACUCGCUCAUACGGACGGCUUGUUCCGUGAAGCAUCUAGGCGAGCACUCGCCGAUCCAAAGUUUGCCACCAUCAAAGUAGAAGAGCAAAUUGUUGACUCUAUGGUGUACAAGCUUUUUCGCCAACCAGAAGACUACGAUGUCAUUGUCGCUCCUAACCUCUACGGAGACAUUUUAUCCGAUGGAGCUGCUGCAUUAGUUGGCAGCCUCGGCCUUGUCCCAAGUGCCAACGUCGGGGAGAGGUUUGCCAUCGGAGAGCCUUGCCACGGCAGCGCGCCAGAUAUUAUGGGCAAGGGGAUCGCAAACCCCAUCGCUACAUUAAGAAGCACCGCGCUCAUGCUUGAGUUUCUGGAUGAACCUGCUGCAGCAGCAAAGAUUUAUGCGGCCGUUGAUGCUAAUUUGGAGGAUGGCCAACUUCUCAGCCCGGAUUUAGGAGGCUCGGCGACUACAGAGCAAGUGGUUGAGGAUAUCCUGAAAAGGUUGUAG